UCGUAACCAAAACACCCUCAAAACCUACGUACAUAGAGUUAAAACACACACACACACACACUGAGUUAAAAUAUUUGUAUAAAUAUCUUUACAUAUUUUGCUCUCAUCAAAAGAAUCAAUAGAAAAGAAGAAGAAAGACAAGACAAAAGUGUCAUUCUUUUUGUUGGUUUUAACGCUCCUUUCGCCUGUUUCUGUUUCUUUCUCCUCUUUUUGUUGAAUGUGAAAAAAAUGCUAAGAACAAAUGUAUUAUUGCUGCUGUUCUUAGUAUUAUGUUCAUUGGUUUUUUCUUCAGUAAAAGCCACUGUUUCUUAUGAUGACAGAGCUAUAAUUAUAAAUGGGAAAAGAAAAAUUCUUAUUUCUGGUUCUAUUCAUUACCCAAGAAGCACUCCUGAGAUGUGGCCUGAUCUUAUACAAAAAGCUAAAGAUGGAGGCUUAGAUGUUAUUGAGACUUAUGUUUUCUGGAAUGGGCAUGAACCUUCUCCUGGAAAAUAUAAUUUUGAGGGGAGAUAUGAUCUUGUUAAGUUCAUCAAGUUGGUAGAAAAAGCAGGACUUUAUGUCAAUCUACGUAUUGGCACUUACAUUUGUGCAGAAUGGAACUUUGGGGGAUUCCCUGUUUGGCUAAAAUAUAUUCCUGGUAUGGAAUUUAGAACAGACAAUCAGCCUUUCAAGGUGGCUAUGCAAGGAUUUGUACAGAAAAUAGUCAACAUGAUGAAGUCAGAAAAAUUAUUUGAACCUCAAGGAGGACCAAUAAUAAUUGCCCAGAUAGAAAAUGAAUAUGGACCAGUAGAAUGGGAAAUUGGUGCUCCUGGUAAAGCUUAUACAAAAUGGACAGCUCAAAUGGCUGUAGGUCUUAAAACUGGAGUCCCUUGGAUCAUGUGUAAACAAGAGGAUGCCCCUGAUCCUGUGAUUGAUACUUGCAAUGGAUUCUACUGCGAAGGUUUUCGUCCUAAUAAGCCUUAUAAACCAAAAAUGUGGACAGAAGUCUGGACUGGCUGGUAUACAAAAUUUGGUGGUCCAGUUCCUCAAAGGCCAGUUGAAGAUAUUGCAUUUUCAGUUGCAAGAUUUGUUCAGAACAAUGGUUCAUUCUUCAAUUACUACAUGUAUCAUGGAGGAACGAAUUUUGGCCGAACAUCUUCAGGGCUUUUCAUUGCAACUAGCUAUGAUUAUGAUGCUCCUCUAGAUGAGUAUGGGCUGCUGAAUGAACCAAAAUAUGGACAUUUGAGAGACUUGCAUAAAGCAAUUAAGCUAUCCGAACCAGCUUUAGUUUCAUCAUAUCCAAUAGUGACGAAGAUUGGCAGUAAUCAAGAGGCUCAUGUCUAUAGAUCAAAAUCUGGAAAUUGUGCUGCAUUUCUAUCCAACUACGACUCGAAAUAUUCAGUUAAAGUCACAUUUCAAAAUAAGCCAUAUGAUCUACCUCCUUGGUCCAUCAGCAUUCUUCCUGACUGCAAAACUGCUGUUUACAACACUGCAAAGGUUAGCUCCCGAAGCUCGAACAUAAAGAUGACUUCAAUAGGUGGUGGAUUGUCUUGGCAGUCAUAUAAUGAAGAAACUCCGACUGCUGAUGACAGCGAUACACUUUCAGCCAACGGAUUAUGGGAACAGAAAAAUGUUACCAGAGAUUCCUCAGACUAUCUGUGGUACAUGACAGAUGUAAAUAUAGUAUCUGAUGAAGGAUUUCUAAAGAAUGGAAAGGACCCUUAUCUCACUGUUAUGUCGGCCGGUCAUGUCUUGCAUGUCUUCAUCAAUGGCAAACUAUCAGGAACUGUUUAUGGGACAUUGGACAAUCCAAAACUUACAUAUAGUGGCAGUGUGAAAUUAAGAGCUGGUAUUAACAAGAUUUCACUGCUCAGUGUUUCUGUUGGUCUCCCGAACGUUGGCGUGCAUUUUGAUACGUGGAAUGCAGGAGUUCUAGGUCCAGUUACAUUGAGUGGUCUCAAUGAGGGUAAAAGAGACUUAACAAAACAGAGAUGGUCUUACAAGGUUGGUCUAAAAGGUGAAUCAUUAAGUCUUCAUACAUUAAGUGGGAGUUCUUCAGUUGAAUGGAUUAAAGGUUCACUAGUGGCUCAAAAGCAGCCAUUGACUUGGUACAAGGCUACAUUUAACGCGCCUGGAGGAAAUGACCCUCUAGCUUUGGACAUGGCAAGUAUGGGAAAAGGUGAGAUAUGGAUAAAUGGUGAAGGCGUAGGUCGCCACUGGCCUGGAUAUAUAGCACAAGGUGACUGUGGAAAAUGCAACUAUGCUGGAACAUUCAAUGAGAAGAAAUGUCAAACUAAUUGUGGACAACCUUCUCAAAGAUGGUACCAUGUUCCAAGAUCAUGGCUAAAACCAAGUGGAAACCUAUUGGUAGUAUUUGAAGAAUGGGGUGGUGAUCCAACAGGAAUUUCUUUGGUCAGAAGAUCAAGAUAAAAGAGCUUUAAAAGUAAGCUUGUUCAGUAAAUAUGGUGCAUGAAUUCGGACGGGCAGCGUCGUCCGAAUAUAUAAAAGAAGCUAACAGUGGAGGCUAUUUGCAGCUGAAUAAAUCAUUUUGAAGUACAGAUUACAGGGAUAUAACUUUCAGAAAAUUCCCUGUUAUUUUCGUAAACCAAUGCUUCUGUUUAAGCAUUGGUUUAGGAAGUUCUAUAGAACUCUGCUGAUUGGAUUAUGUGAUUGAAGAAAUUGUACAGCUUCCAAAUAUCAAUGGCCAGUAUGAUUUUGUAUUUAGAGUACAAAUAAAGCUCAUGUAUAUGUACAACUACUAUUUGUUGAUCACAAAGUUGUGAAAUAAUACAAGUUUCAUUAUCAAGGAAGCCAAUUUCCACUCU